UUCCUCUUCAAGUUUGUGAAUUGUAUUGCAAUUAAUUAGUCACGUAAAUCAGGCCACUCAGGAAAUCAUCUGCUCCACAAAUUGAUUAGAGAUUUAUACAGAAGGCCAAAAUUAAGGUGUUUUUAAUAAUGAAGGAAGAAAAUAUGCUGAUGUGAAUUAAAAAUGUCUCUGAUUAGUCAAAACGGCUGAUUCCAUGGACUUAUGCAGCCACUUCCAUUUUGAUUACCAAGUGCGUAAGAGCCACAAGAAGAAUCAGCUAAUACGUCAUCUGCGUAGCCGAUGCCAAGAAACUUCCCAUGUUCAGCUAUCACUAGAUAUACAUAGGACUCAUGCCCUUAUGCCAAGCCAUUACCAAAGAUUAAAGAUUCACUGCUACUCUUUUUUUCCAAUCUCUUCCAACAUAUUUUUAUUGUAAGUGUACGAAUUGCCAUCUUAAUUAACUCAGGAAAAGAGAAAAAAAUGGUGCCAGAGGAAGAGCAUCCAAGACAGGCCUUUGGAUGGGCAGCAAGGGACCAGUCUGGCGUCCUCUCUCCCUUGAAAUUUUCAAGAAGGGAAACAGGAGAGAAAGAUGUGUCUUUUAGAGUGAUGUAUUGCGGGAUGUGUCACUCUGAUCUUCACAUGGUCAAGAAUGAAUGGGGCAUUUCUGCUUACCCUCUUGUCCCUGGGCAUGAAAUUGUGGGAGUGGUGACAGAAGUAGGAAGCAAAGUAGAAAAAUUCAAAGUUGGAGAGAAAGUGGGUGUUGGCUGCAUGGUUGGAUCAUGCCGAUCCUGCGAUAAUUGUACCAAUGAUCUUGAGAAUUACUGUCCCGAAAUAAUACUAACUUAUGGUGCCAAGUACUAUGACGGAACCACCACUUAUGGAGGAUAUUCAGACAUCAUGGUUGCCAAUGAGCACUUCGUUGUUCGUAUUCCGGACAACCUUCCUCUUGAUGCUACUGCACCUCUACUCUGUGCUGGGAUAACAGUGUAUAGUCCCUUGAAAUAUUAUGGACUAGACAAACCUGGUACGCAGCUGGCUGUGGUUGGCCUUGGUGGGCUUGGUCACAUGGCAGUGAAAUUUGCAAAAGCAAUGGGGGCUAAGGUGACAGUCAUUAGUACUUCCCCUAACAAAAAACAGGAGGCUAUUGAGCGUCUUGGUGCAGACUCAUUUUUGGUCACCCGUGACCAGGAUCAGAUGAAGGGUGCAAUGGGCACAAUGGAUGGAAUUAUUGAUACAGUGUCCGCAAUGCACCUCCUUUUGCCAUUGAUUGGUCUACUCAAGUCUCAUGGAAAGUUGGUUUUGGUUGGUGCUCCAGAGAAGCCUCUUGAGCUACCAGCCUUUCCAUUGCUCGCGGGAAGGAAGAUGGUAGGUGGAAGUGGCAUUGGAGGGAUGAAGGAAACUCAAGAAAUGCUUGAUUUUGCAGCCAAACACAGCAUAACAGCAGAUAUUGAAGUUAUUCCAGUUGAUUAUGUGAACACUGCCAUGGAGCGGAUGUUGAAGGCAGAUGUUAGAUAUCGAUUUGUCAUUGAUAUUGGCAACACUUUGAAGUCUGGCCAUUGAACUUUAAAUACUUCCACAUGAUUGGCAAUAUAAAGGAGAGGGGAUUUCUAUGCUUCACUUUAUGUUAUUAAGAUAUGGUUAAAUUAUUAAGAUAUUGUUAAGCUAUUGAAUUUUGUAUUUGAAAGAAAAUAAGGGUCAUUACCUAAUUCUCAUAUUUGUUAAAAGAAUUUCUUUUGUAAUUCCUUAUAUAAGGAUUUUGAUUCUUCGUAAUAUUUUAUUUUGCAGUUCUUACA